AUGUCAAGAGGAUUAAACUGCUCAACGGAACUGAGUGCCUCCGGGAUGGGAGACAACAAGACGCAAAAGGUCUUCCACCGCACUGUGGAUGCGAACCAACAAAUGUUGAAUUACGUUAAAGAACGGGAAAACCGCUCCAGCGCUGCGGCGGCGCUCUUUCGAAAUCAUCACUUCCGUCUCACGCGGGAGGCAUCUGCAUUGGAAGCGGAGAUCCAUGAACUUAACACCCACAGUAGAACUCUCACCGCCGCCUUACGGGAGAAACAACUCGCCAGUGCUCGCCGUGCAGAACACGUAGACACCACUCAUGCGUUCAUAAAUAAUAAUAAUAGUAAUAGUAGUAGUAAUGCUGUUAAUACGUUGGAGAGGCGAAAUACAUAUGAUGAUAGUGAUAUGGCCUACAAACAAUUACAGCAACAACUGCUUGACACCAGUCGAGUGCGGGAUGAUCUCCAGCAGGAAGUGGAAAGACUUCAAUUGAGAUGUAAUGAGACGAUGAAGGAACGGGCAGUGCUGCUGCGUCUAUUAACAGAACAGCGGGAAUCACUUGAACCACUACUGCGGGAAGCAGAGGCGAUGGCAGCGGAGAUGAAAGUACUGCAGAGUGCACUAGAGACCUGCAAGGAUCAUAGUAACAGCCAAGGGAUGAACAAGAGACUUCUCAAGGGUGCGGUGAGUUGGUCCGUAGAGGAAGAACUCUCCCUUCGACAGAUUACAACACGAUUGAGUAAUUGGUGUAGUGAGGAGGAUGAGAUGAUAACAGGGGCACUGCGACUGACAGAAGUAGAAAAGGCUGUUCGUUUCUAUCAAACAUGGAAUAACGUUUUGACGGAGUCUUUGCAUGCAUUUUCUCGUGAAUGUGAGGAACGACGAGCACGGCACUACGCCCGUAUACGAGAAAUGAAGAGUUACGCAGAGAAUGCCUGCUAG